AUGGUAGAAAGAAUCCAUCGACAGCUUAAGGCAGCAAUCAAAUGCCACAACAACGACAGAUGGACCGAAACGCUUUCCAGUGUCCUCCUAGGGAUGAGAGCAGCCUGGCGGGAAGACAUGAAAGCAACCGCCGCAGAAAUGGUAUACGGAGAGCCAUUAAGAUUGCCUGGAGAAUUUCUAUCUACAAGUACGGAUGACGGUGCGGACACAGCCGACUUCGUAGUGGAUCUGAGGCAACAAAUAAGAAGAAUUAGACCUAUCAACGCCAACCACCACGGAGAACGACCCAGCUUCGUGUUCAAGGAAUUGGAUACGUCACCGUUCGUUUUCGUCCGACAUGAGGGCCCAAAAUUAGGCUUGCAGAAACCCUACGACGGACCAUACGAAGUUUUGAGGAGAGACCCAAAACAUUUCAUCAUCAAGAUCAAUGACAAGGAAACGACGGUGACAAUCGACCGAUUAAAACCAGCCUACAUAUUUGACAAUCUCGAAAAUGAAGAGCAUGAGGAAGAUCACACAGAAGAUCCAGUAGAAAACGAAGCCAAUGAUCAAGCUAUAUUCCCGGAAACGAGGAAAACCAGAUCCGGUAGGAAGGUACAUUUCCCAAAGAAGUACCUAACAAUGAUUUCGUAA